AUGGUUUCCAUUGCUUACCCAUUCUUAAUCUCCCUUGCCGCUGCCUUGGUGGUGAGAGACCAGGCUCCCAAGCCGCUCUCGUUCACCUUGAACAAGAAGACUCACCCCAAGCCGUUGAAGCCCGCGCCUCUUGGUAAUCCCUCCCCUAAGAACAGCAAGGUCAACGACGAAAACGUUAAGCUUUUCGCCAAUGGCCCCUCAUAUUUGAUCAAUCUCGGUUUGAUUGACGAAAACCAGCAGUUGCAAUUGGUGUUGGACACCGGAUCCGCGGACUUGUGGGUCGACGCCUCGAAGUUGAAGGACACUGCUGGUUUCACCAAGAACGGCGAGCCGUUUAGAAUUGGUUACGGCGACCACCUGACGGUGCAAGGUGACUUUGGCACCUCGUCAGUGUGGCUUGACAACGGCGUUGAAGUCAAGGACUUGCAAUGGGCUUUGGGCACCGAUGUCGAGUUGACUGAUGGCAUCCAAAACGGCAUUUUGGGUGUGGGCAAGGUGCAGAACGAGGCCCCCUACCGCCAAAGGGGCCAGUCCUACGCUAACUUCCCUCAGAAAUUGAAGGACGAAGGCUACACCAACUCCAACGGCUACUCGUACUACUUGAACCAGCCUGAUAAACCUACUGGUACCAUCACCUUUGGUGGCCGUGAUCUUGCCAAAGUCAAAGGACCAGUGGCCACCAUCACCCCUUCCACCACUGACGAAAAUGCUCCCUAUGAUGGCAUUGUCGUUUCCAAGUUGUCGGCCUCUAACGGGGACUCGUUUGGCUCGUUUGGCGGGAUCUUGGACACCGGUACCACUUUAACUUACCUCCCCUACGACGCCAUCAACGCGUUGAAUAUCCCUGGCCUCACCUACGACGCCGACGCCCAGUGGUACUACAUCACCCCGAACCAGCCCCUGGACCAGUACGUGUCGUACUGGUUCGACGACGCCGAAAUCAAGGUGCCGUUGGCCGACUUGGUGUUCAAGGAGUACGACGACAACGACCAACCCACGGGCAAGUACUGGUUUGGUAUCCAGGGCACCCCUGACGAGAACUCGGCUACUUUGGGUGACACCUUCUUGAGAAGUGCUUAUGUUACCGUCAACCACGACACCAACCAGGUGUUGAUCUCCGCCGUCAACUACACCGACAAGGAGAACAUCGUUGGCCUUUAG